AUGUCUCUGAAUCUAGAGAAACAACUUGUCUUCGUCAACGUUGGGAUACACAUGCUCUGCGUCCCUCCCAUUCUGUUGACGUCGUUUCUGCUUCUCACCAACACUCCCGCCGUACCUCUACCGUCAUGGCUCUCAGUCCCUAAUCUCCCCUUCAACGUCGGCACCGCCGGAGCUGUUAUAUACUCGACGCUGUAUAUCCUGAUGGAACCCGUCGCAGGCGCAAUGCUUGCUCCCAUUCUCGUAGGCGGCACCGCAUAUGCAAACCACCUCACGUCUACGUAUGGCGCAACGGCAAACUCAUGGGCCGGCGCGGUCAACAUCGCAUGCUGGAUCGCGCAAUUCAUUGGGCAUGGAAAGUUUGAAGGAAGAGCACCCGCGCUUCUCGACAACCUCGUGCAGGCAAUCUUCCUCGCGCCAUUCUUCGUCUGGUUUGAGGUACUCUUCUCGCUCGGCUACCGUCCCGAACUGAAACGCCGGAUUGACCAGGCUGUUGAACUGGAGAUUCAAAAGUUCAAGAAAAGCAAGGAGAAGGGUGCGAAUGGAUCUGCGAAAUGAGCACGGACCCGGGACACACAGAGAUUGCGCAGAUGGAAGUGGGGGUUAUGCUAGCCCAGGGUAAUCAGAUGCAGCAGAGGGGCUCUGUUGAGCAAUGUACAUGUGCUGUAUGAAUACCGCAAGAGAAGUCAACAUUGCUUCGGAGCAUGGUGUAUGUGGCGUCAUAUGCUGUUUGGGGGGUAUUAGUUUUGCAAGUCCAAAGGCUGCAAAUAAUUCAGUAGGAUACCAAUCUAGAACGUUGUUAUAC